AUGUCGACGGAGGUGCCAAAAGUAACGUGUGAUGAUGUGAAUGCACUCGCCAAGAUGUGUUCAAUAUCACGUGAAAAAGACAUCACAACACUUAAGGAGUGUUCCUCUAGUCUCUUUGUUCUCCUCUACCAACGCCUAUUUAACUGCAGUAUUAGUGGAAUUGAAACCUCACCUUAUACAGUAGAUCAGAAACGAUGGAAUGUCACUCGUGUAUUAAAUGAACUGAAGGAUACACGUGGAAUUGAUGUGACUGGAAUAGACGCAGAGGAAGUUGUACAUCUCAACGAGGAACACAUCAGUCGUCUUAUUCGACUCUUUAUGGAUAUUGCUCAGCGAACAGGUUUACCACGCGGAGUGUGUGUGGGUUCUCUACACUCACCUACACCUACAAACACUACCACACAUGCUGUUGGGAGUGGAACGGUGAAUUCAUUCUAUCCAUCUUAUAAUCCAAUCACACCGCGGCCUGUACUCGCUGAAGUCCCGCAUGACUCUGCAGAGGAUGGGACUUGGUAUGCACCAGUGGGAACUGUAGAUGAAGGACGAUCCAUGUAUACAUACUACACUCGUAAUAUGUAUUCUUAUCUUCCUGUACAGGGGAAUACUAUAAAUAAUAAUAAUAAUAAUAAUAAUACUAAUAAUAAUGCGAUAGGAGGAGUCUCUGCUGGCAUUACAGGAUUAACGACCACUACGACUACCACUAGUACGACUGCUUUACCUACGGCUACUGCAGCUGGGAAUGGACAUGUGGACAACAAUGAACCAUCUCGACAUCCUUCUCGUCUCAUGGCACCAUUAGAUCAUCAUUCGCAUCCUUAUCAACAACAACAACAACAACAUCCAUCCCAACAUCAUCAUCAUCAUAUUGAUUCUCAUGCAGAUCGUGCGAUUAUAGAUGGGAGGCGGGAGAAUACACUUCACGAAGGAGCCGCAUUUCCCACACAUGAAGAGGGUGAUGAUGAUGCUAAUGUCAUCCACCAUGGAGAGAUGGAUGGUAGUAGUGCGGGUAGUUACGGAAAUGUUGAGGAAGAGGAAAUUCCAACCGAACAACUUGUAAAGGCGUGGAGUGCAGAGGUGAUUCCACCAAAGGAGGCACCCUUUAUACGAGAUGCGGCGAAUAUAGCAGAUGUACGAGAGCGAUUGUUGUUUAUGCAGAAUAGAUUGGAUAAAGCGGCAUGGCGUCCACACAAUAGACGACAGCGGCAGCGCAGUUUCACUCGCAGUAGUAGCAGUAGUAGUAGUAGUAGUGGUGGUAAUCAGAAGAAUGCCGCUGUUAACCGCAUUAAUAUCGAAGGUCGCAAGAUUAGCAAAAACAAGAAUAGGCAUCCUCCUAACAACAAUAGUGUUGGAGUUAACAAGAGUAAUGAAAAGAAUAGAUAUAUUCCACGUGUAGGUGAAAAGAGGAAAUUAGAUCAUACUCGUGCGGGUAAUGGAAAAUUUCCACAAAAUCUUUUACCGGGAAGUGUCGCUUUAACCAUGGCCUGUAAACAACCCAAACGCAUGAUUGACUACACACUACGGGAUGAAAAGAUUGAAAUGUUACGUUCCCUUCGCUUUAUUGAUGAUCUCCAGAAAGAUAUAAGGCGUAAAUUGGUGGAACGCCACAGUCGAGAGACACAGCGAAUACGUGAAGAAAUUCGUUAUGCCUUAAAACAAGAUCAACAGGAACUUAUUGAACGUAAACGACAAAUACGAGAUGAGGAUGAAAAGUACCGUAAAGCGUAUGCAACGAUUGUGGCUGCGGCUAGUAACAAUCUUCGUACGGCGGAUGCACUCAUGCGGGAACGAACACGGGAGUUAUCAGAAUAUCAGGCACAGACAUUACGUGAAAAUCGUGCGAUGUCUCGUUAUUUGAAACGUGAGAGUAAAGAGAGAAUGCGACAUGGCCUUCUUCACUAUGCAAGUGUAGUUACAGGAUGGCAAUCCCAUUAUGUUAGCUAA